AUGGCAGAGGAGGCAGGGGGGCCCCUCGGCCAACAGAGUUGGGCGGCGGUGGCCGAGCGGCACACGGUGUUCUGGAACAGCUCCAACCCCCGGUUCCUGUGGAGUGACUACACGGUGGAGGUUCGCCUGAACGACUACCUGGACAUCAUCUGCCCCCACUACGAGGAGGGCAGCGUGGACCCCCGGGUCAUGGAGCGCUACACCCUGUACCUGGUGGAGCUCGAGGAGUUCCAGGCCUGCAAGCCCAGCUCCAAGGAGCAGAUCCGCUGGGAAUGCAACAAACCCAGCGCCCUGCACGGCCCCGAGAAGUUCUCGGAGAAGUUCCAGCGCUUCACCCCCUUCACGCUGGGCAAGGAGUUCAGGGAGGGGCACAGCUACUACUACAUCUCCAAGCCCAUCCACCACCAUGGUGAGGCCUGCCUGAAGCUGAAGGUGACAGUCACCGGCAAAGGCACUCCGGCACCGCCUCUCCCAGCCUCGACACAGAAGGGGAGGAUCCAGGCAGAUGACGCGGCCGCACACGUGCUGAGGAGCGUGGGGCAGAACUCGGCCAUGCGCAGCAGCAGCCGCCCUUCACCUUCAUCAUCCUCCUCCUGCCACUCCUGGUGCCACAGGGGCUCUGAGCUGCCCCACAUGCCCGGAGCCGCCGAGGUUGGGGACCCCCGUGGUCCCCACAUGCCUGCCCUGCGCACAGCCAGGCCAGGACAGGAUUUGUCAGUAUUAACGGGGCUGAAGGGCCCGAAGCCAUCGGAGCAGACGGAGCCCUCGGGCUCCGCUGGCCCUUCCAGGAUGGAAGGAGAAGGCUGAGAGGGAGCCUGGAACUGGAGGGGCUUCUGUGCCUUGGACUGGAGAGGAGUGGGGGGCUGGCACCCCUGCCCCGCAGCUGAGCUUGCCCACCACCCUCGGGGCUCUCCCGGCGGUGGGCUUGGACUGGGACGUGUCCUGCAGGCGGGGACGUGGGGCAGCAGCAGUGCAGGGGGUUCUGCUGACCCCCGGUGUCACCGUCUCGGGGAGCCUGGACAGGCUGGAGCCGCCCUGGCAGCCAGAGGAGCGGGGCUGUAGGAGACAUUCCCCUCCCCACCGUGCUGUGCCCCUUCUCCACCCUUCAUCCCCUGGCCCUUCCCCAUCAUCCCCCCCUCCGCUGGGUGUCGGAGGGGCCCCCCAGCCACCCUCCCCACCCCCUUUGUACAGCUUUUUAACACGGAACUUUUUAUACAAUUGUCUGGAAUAAAUAA